GACCUAGAGUCAAAAUCGCAGUCACUGCAGUUGACCGUUGAUCGUCUGUCAAGUUGUCUGGCCAAGACUGAGGAAGAGGAGAGUGGCGCGAAGGACCGCGUGCAGCAGCUAACCGCCAGUCUGGGUGAGCAUACGCAGACUAUUGAAGAGUUACGCGGGCGACUGUCUCAACUACAAAAGUCAUUAACCGUUUCUGAACAAGAAAAGCGUAUUAUCCAGGUAGCUUUUUUGAUUUGUGCAUAA